AUGGCCUCCAUGUCAGCAUUACCUCAACCCUCGCGGCCAGCUACAAACCCUCCCGCUGGGUCGCUACCACCUCUCCCCAAUUCCAAAGCUCGAAAGAGCAGUCCGGCUCCCGAUACUCCUCGGGCCGCCUCUCCGUACCAACUGUCCAAGCUGCGGACACCGUCAAGCCCGAAGCCAUCACUUGCCCGAUCCCCUCUUUCCAAUUCCAACUCGACGUCGAAUCUCAGCGCGAUCCGCUCAGCAUCCAGUGGACGUGCCCCCAAUAGCCCCGAUAAAUCCUUACGCCGCACCAUCAGCAUCGCAUCCUUCCCGCAGCCCCCGAAGGCUGCAAGUCGGCCUUCGACGGCAUCUUCGGUCUCUGGUAUUUCUGGCACCGCCACCCCGGGGAGUGUGAAGCCCAAACGGAGUUCGCGGCUCAGUACUGGCACGACCAGCAGCUACCGAAGCUCCAGGACCCCAUCACUGCUCAAUGGAAGUGCUGAUGGCAAGUCAAUCUUGGCGGAUGUGCGGGACCCCGAAGCUUCUCCAUCACACAGCAGAAGCUCGUCUGCUCAGGGAUCCGUUUCGACCACUGCAACGACAUUCGAGGAUGGAGAUGAUGCCACGGGGACGAGCAAGGGUUAUCCCAAACAAAAGGAGACGAAGGGCAACGUCCUUGUCAGUGUCCGUGUCCGACCCGAUGGCAAUGGAGGAGAGACGUCGCGAAAUCACGGCGAAUGGGCGGUCGAUGGGCGCCAAAGUCUCAUUUCCUACCGAGGCAAAGAAGGGGGAGAUUAUUACUAUGACAACGUCUUCACGACGCACGAAAAUAAUGCGAAAGUUUAUGACUCCGCGGCAAAACGCCUGGUUCGGCGGGUUAUGGAAGGUUAUCAUGGCACUGUCUUUGCCUACGGCAUGACAGGAACUGGUAAGACCUUCUCGAUGCAGGGAACUGCGACUUCCCCCGGCGUCAUCCCGCUAGCCAUCACGGACAUCUUCUCGUUUAUUCGUGAAACCCCCCAUCGAGAAUUCCUGCUUCGAGUAAGCUACUUGGAGAUCUACAACGAGAAGAUCCAUGACCUUCUCUCCGCCCCUAUCGCCAAUGGAGCAGUUGCGGCCGUGCCGCAGCAGGAGGAGAUCAAAUUACGCGAGGACAGCAAACGAGGCGUCUAUGCGACGCCGCUCAAGGAAGAGAUCGUGCAGAGUCCGACCCAGCUCCUUCGGGUCAUUGCGAGAGGAGACCACGCCCGGCGAACGAGCAGCACUCAGUUUAAUUCUCGCAGUUCUCGAAGUCAUGCAGUCGUCCAAAUCGUGGUCGAAAGUCGAGAGCGGGUACCCGCAGGAAAUUCGCAGGACAAGCGAUCUGGUAUUGCCCCUGGUGGCGUUCGCGUGUCCACGUUAAGCUUGAUCGAUCUUGCUGGUUCGGAGCGGGCAGCCGACGACAAAGAGCGCCGAACCGAAGGUGCUCAUAUCAACAAAAGCUUGCUUACCCUCGGCAACAUCAUCUCCAAGCUCUCGGAAAACAAGGACAACCAAGGCAACCCGACGGACCGAGAGGGCCGGCACUUGCCAUAUCGCGAUAGCAAGUUGACAAGACUUUUACAACCCGCUUUGUCGGGUAACUCCCUCGUGAGCAUUCUGUGUACGGUUCAAAUGGUGUCAAGUGUCAAUUCGCACACUGGCGAAACCCUCAACACGCUGAAGUUUGCCGCGCGAGCAAAGAAUAACAUCGUCAGCCAUGCGAAGAAGGCCGAAGAAGCGUAUGGUAGCGGUGGUGGAGACUCUGGGAGCCGCGUGUUGCUCGAACGCUAUCGUAUGGAAAUCCAGACUCUUCGGGGCCAGCUUGACACGCAAGCGAAGGCCCAGGCGGAGAAAGAGUUGAAAUGGGAUGAACAGCAGUUUGAGAAAGAGGCGCAGGCUCGCCACGAGGAGCAGGUGCUGGAGAUGCAGCUUGCUCGGACGGCCCUAAAAGAACGCAUCGAGCAUCUUAAUCGUUUGAUUCUGAGCUCCAAGUCCACCGGGGUGAACAGCCACGGCAGCCUGUCUGCCGCAUUUGGUCGGCUUUCGAGAAUGUCGGCCACGGAGUCAGGAACCCGUUCAUUGCGUUCGUCAGCCAGUCAAUCCACGUUGGGGGCUGGCUAUUCGUCCAUACGGCCUAUGUCCUUCAUGUCGGUCAACAGUAAUGAACCUUCGGGGGCGAUGCCCUUCUCAGGCGGUCCAUUUGGCAACGAAGACGACGAGGACCUGGGCGAAUUCGGUGAUGGCAAGGCCAGCCUGCAGCGACAGGUCACCGCAUUGCAGGCUGAUUUGGGCGACAAGAAUCGAUACAUCUCCACCCUCGAGCGCCGCCUGCUCCAAGCCAGACGUUCUAGCCACUCGCGAAUGUCAAUGGGGGUCAAAUCCGGAAAUGCGACAAUUGCCGAGCACCCAGACGUGAUGGCCCUGGUUCGCGAGAAGGACAUGGAGAUCAAUGAGCUUCGGAUUCAGCUCGAUGACAAGGAUCGAAUGCUGGCUGCUCUUCGAUCUGCCGCGCGACACCGGGACCUGGCUGCCGUGCCCAAUGAAUCGCAGUCGCCGGAAAUGAAACCCAAAGCAGAAGCAACAAGUUCCGGUGAUAACAGCCCACUAAGGACCAGCGGUACGGCCGAGAAAGCCGCAAGCCCGGAGUCUGCACCACCUGCGAAGUCAGGCGAGAAAGAAGAAGACCGAAGAAAGAACAUGGACGAGGUGUCCAGAAUGUUGGAUGAAAUGAUCCAAGGUCGAGUGGAAAGUGGCCAUCUCGACAAGAACGCCAUGGGCAACGUCCGAAUUGCACCCAAUGACAGUCGUCGAGUAUCGUCGUCGGCGGAGGUAGCAGGCUUAAAUCCAACACCCUUUCCCAUGGGCGGUGCCCUUGGCUCUCCACCAACGUGA